GCUAUGUUGUUAGCCCCGACGGUGUAUCUACUGACCCCCGAAAGGUGGAAGCUGUUUGUAGCUUUCCUGUACCUACCACCCUGUGACAGUUGCGAGGAUUUCUGGGCCUGGCGUCUUACUAUCGAAGGAAACCACCUUUCAGGCCUUAAAAGAAAAGCUCACCACGGCCCCCGUCCUUGCCUCCCUAAUUUUUCACAAGAGUUUUUGCUUUUCACAGACGCUUUGGGAAUCGCUCUUGGCGCAAUUCUUUCCCAGAAAGAUUUGCAAGGAAGAGAAAGGGUCAUUUCUUAUGCUAGUCGUAGCAUGUCAUCUGCUGAGCACAACUAUUCAGUGACUGAACAAGAGUGUCUGGCUAUCGUAUGGUCCAUGUCCUACUUCCGACAAUAUCUUCACGCUACAUCACAGAUGUCUUGUUCGUUGGAUUUUGGCCCUGAAGGAAUAUACCUUCACCGUC